CGCGCUGAGCUUUCUGAAACAUCAGUGGAAAGGUCUCAUUAUGUCUUAUUUAAAAUAAUAGAUAAGCAAACGAUAUUUUUCGCAACAAGCAAGCAAGCUGGAUAUAUUUGCACAGCAUCCAGCCAAAGGACGUUAUUUAAUUAGAUUUGUGUAGUGAUGGCAGCUUCCUUACCUCAGAAGCCGGGGAUGGCAGGGAUGCCUCCUCAGCAGCAGCCCCACCUGCCCCCCAGUGCUGCCUCAGCCCAAGGUCAGCAGCCCAUACCCCCUCAGGGAGCCCUGAGAGAGAUCUCCCCAGUGUUUCUCUGUCGGAUUGGACAGGAGACCGUCCAGGACAUUGUUACUCGCACCAUGGAGAUCUUCCAGAUCACACGAGCCACGCAACUUCCUAAUGGUGUGACUCAGAGCCAGGCGAUGUACCAGGACCGCUUUGGGAAGCUCCAGGAACACCUACGGCAGCUCGCCCUGCUCUUCCGAAAGCUUCGGCUCCUCUACGAACGCUGUGUGGAGAUGACCACUGACCUGCAGGAGGGGCCAGCAGAGCUUGUGCCAUAUGUUGGAGAGGAGGUGGUUUCUGUCAGAGUGGAGCCCUGCAGUUCUGCUGUCAACCAGGAGAGAAAAGAAGUUCUAGAGAAGGUGCGGCAGAAGAACCAGGAGAUGAAGGUUCUCAUGGACCAGAUGAGGAACCUGCUGUGGGACGUCAAUGCCAUGCUGACGCUCAGGAAAUGAUAAUUCUUCACUGGAUCCACUUUUUUUUUUUUUUUUUUUUUUUUUGAGAGAGAGCGAGACAAAUCCCUCCACAGCUGUACAGACUGCGUUAAUGGCAAACACCAGGUGAAAUAAGGGAAUUUCUGUUGGAUUUUGGAUGUGGGACUUUCCACUUAGGUGCAACCUCUUCUGUGUUGGCACUUCAUCACUGAAACUGACACAUUACUCACAACUUCAUCCAGCAUCUUUUUGGUUUAUUAUCUGUUCUAUUGAAGCUGUUGAGGGGAAAACUGUUAAUGAGAUAGAAUAAGGCUUAAAUGAAAAAUGAUUAGCUUGUUUCAACCUGUAACACUCCAACAACAAGAAUUGUUCCCUUUUUUUUGUACAGGGCAGCUGACAUCCUAUUUUGUGACUUCCAAGUGCUCUAUAACUGUUACUUUGUCACGCUGUGUUUAUUAAGUUAUGGACCUUUGUUUUCGUACUUUUUAAGUAAUGAGUUGAAACCUGUAUGGCCUCAGGUAAAAACAACAAAAAAAGUUUUCCUAAAACACUACAUUCAUGGUGUUUUGCUCCCAGGUGCUGACUCAACACCAGACAGACUUGAAUUCACUGCAGGUAAUUCUUGCAGAAAGCACAGAAGCUGAUCUGACAACUGUGUUUACAAUAGGAACAAUUGCCCUUAUUAUACUCUGCCGGUUGUAAAAACACUAUGGUUCAGAAUUCAAAUUAGCCCCUUGGCAGCUAUUGUAUCUCAGGUGCUUUGUACAUAAAUGUGUGUGUGUGUGUGCAUGUGCUUAAUGAGAUUUGCUUCUUGAGUGCUAGACAGCACACCUGUUUACCCUGAGGGUGUUAAGGCUUGCUUGCCUGUGAAUUUAUUUUUGUAAACUGUGGGACGAGAGGUAGGCCUACUGGGUCCAUUUUGUUUUGUAUAAAAUAAAUUGUUUUUUUUUAAA